AUGGCGGCACUGACAUGCACCGCCCAGAUAGUACCGAGCCUGCCUCGCCAGGCCGCGAGCGUUCGGGUCGGGUCUAGGGCCACCGCGGCCCCCACCGACACCCCGGCGGCCAAGAAGCUGUGGGGCGGGCGCUUCACCGGCGCCACCGACCCGUUGAUGGAGAAGUUCAACGAGUCCCUGCCCUUUGACAAGCGCAUGUGGGCCGAGGACAUCCGCGGCAGCCAGGCCUACGCCAAGGCCCUGGCCAAGGCGGGCGUGCUGACCGACGAGGAGGCGGCCACCAUCGUGGAGGGCCUGGCCCGCGUGGCGGGCGAGUGGGAGGCCGGCACCUUCCGCAUCGUGGCCGGGGACGAGGACAUCCACACCGCCAACGAGCGGCGCCUCAGCGAGCUGAUCGGCGCGCUGGGGGGCAAGCUGCACACGGGGCGCAGCCGCAACGACCAGUGCGUCACCGACACGCGCCUCUGGCUGCUGGGCGCGCUGGGCCGCACGGUGCGCUGGAGCCACUGGCUGCUGAGCCACGCGGCGGCCUGGCAGCGUGACGACCAGCGCCUGGCGGGCCUGCUGCCGCGCGUGGCCACGCUGCCGCUGGGCUCCGGCGCGCUGGCGGGGAACCCCUUUGGCGUGGACCGCCAGUUCCUGGCGCGCGAGCUGGGCUUCCACGGCGGCGUCUGCCCGAACUCCAUGGACGCGGUGUCGGACCGAGACUUCGUGGCGGAGACCAUCUUCACCGCCAGCCUGCACCUGGUGCACCUCUCACGCUGGGCGGAGGACCUCAUCAUUUACUCCUCAGGGCCCUACCGCUUCGUGCAGUGCAGCGACGCCUACGCCACCGGCUCCAGCCUGAUGCCCCAGAAGAAGAAUCCCGACGCACUGGAGCUGAUCCGGGGCAAGGGCGGGCGCAGCAUCGGCGGCGUGACCUCCAUGCUGGCGGUGCUCAAGGGCACCCCCACCACCUACAACAAGGACUUCCAGGAGUCGUGGGAGCUCAUGUUCGACGCGGUGGACACGCUUCACGACUGCGUGCGCAUCGCCACGGGCGUGCUGAGCACGCUGCGCAUCGAUCCCGAGGCCAUGCGCCGCGGCCUCUCCGCCGACAUGCUGGCCACCGACCUGGCCGAGUACCUGGUGCGCCGCGGCGUACCCUUCCGCGAGACGCACCACAUCUCCGGCGCGGCGGUGAAGAUGGCUGAGGACCGCGGCUGCGCGCUCAGCGACCUGACCCCUGCCGACCUGCGCACCAUCCACCCGCUCUUUGACGACGACGUGGCGGAGGUAUGGGACUUUGCGCGCUCUGCCGACACGCGCGACACCGAGGGCGGCGCCAGCCAUCGCAGCGUGGCAGAGCAGAUCUCCAAGCUGCGCGCCUACCUGGAGCAGAACGCGGUCUGA